AUGCACGGAGCAUUUUGCUACAGUACAACGCAGUUUGACGAGCUUGAGUGGCAACACGGCAGGUGGACUAAUAACAGGGUCGUGCAGCGGCAGGGCUGCGGUGAGGGCGGCUUCUGGGUGCAAGCCGGCAGCUGGAGGGCGAGCCACAACCAGCUGCACCUACCAGCGGCGGCACUGGACCUGCUGGGAUACUGCUUGGUGAGUAGCAAUCUUGGCGGAUUUAUUCCGAAGGACAGGCGCAUGCGGGCGCUUGCUGCGUGGACGGAGAAUUGUCUAGAAUCUCGCAAAUCUACGCACAGUGGCCGAUGCAGCGCCGGAAUGCAGUGGAUUCAAUUCUCUUAG